AUGAAAAACUUUCUUAAAGAAAAUUAUAUCGAAAAUAAAAGAAUUUCCAAUUAACAAAAAAUCAUACUAUCCAAAUCUCAGCAAUAGUAGACCUUGUCCACUCUUAAUCCAACUGGACAACUAAUGCUCUAUUGGAAUUUAUUUAGAGCCUUGCAACUCAUGUUCCUUAUGUGGUGGCUCCCUUUUAAAGUAGCAUUCAAACCGAAUUACAGUUUUGAAACUAUCGAAACUAUUUUAAUUUACAUUUUUGUUUUUGAUGUCUUGCUGAAAUUGAACCAAGGAUACAUCAAAGAAGGAGAAUUUAUUAUGGAUAGAACCCAGAUUCUCAAACAUUACAUUUUAAAUGAACUCAUCGAAGACACAUUAUACAUCACAACCUAACUGUUUAUCAUCUACGAAAUCAUGCUAAACAUUUCAAUCUUAUAUGAAAUCUUUGUAUUCCUCCAAUUCAUAAUGAACUUCAUUAAACUAAAAAGAAAAAUACACAAAUUCGAGGAAACAUUUGCCACCAAAACCAGUUACACUCAAUUUGCAGACUUAGUCUAACUCAUAAUUACGUUAUUCUAUUUCGCCCAUUUUAUGGCUUGCAUUUGGUACUAUAUUGGUGUGGAAAGUUUGAAGAGUUUCGAUUCAUCUUGGACUACUCAUACCUAAUUUAAAUUGUCAGACUCUGGAUCUUUCUAUUUGUAUUCAAUCUAUUGGGCUACAGCAACUAUGGUUACUGUGGGUUAUGGUGACGUUUCUGCUUAAAAUAAUCAUGAGAUCUUGUGCGCAACUAUCCUUAUGAUUUUUUCAACAGGCAUGUUUGCAUUUGCUAUCAAUCAAAUUGGCGAAAUCUUCAAUAACAUUGAUGCUGAAAAAUAGAAUUACAAGCGAGCAAUCUUAUUGAUAAAUGAUUAUAUGCAAAAGAAUUCAGUUGAUCAAUAAGUGCAAAGUAGAAUCAGAAAUUAUUUACAAUAUUAAGAAUAAAUUAAAUUAGAAACAUCUAAAGAACAAUUAGAUUUAAUUUUGCAGAAACUUCCACCUAACAUUUUUGCUGACUUAAAAACAAAUAUUCAAUCAAAAAUCAUGUAGGAAAUCUCCUUUUAUAAAUCUAAUUUCUCUAAGAAUGUUAUUCCCAUAAUAUCCUAAUCUUUGCAACUUUAAUCUCUAACUCCUAAAGAAAUCAUUUAUCAAUAAGGCCAAUUAGAUGAUUGCAGUCUCUUCACAGUUUGGAAAGGGGAAGUAUUAAUAGUUGAGACUCAAUCAGGCAAAAUUUUGGCGACUCUAACAAAAGGGUAAAGUUUUGGCGAAGUUGAAUUUUUAACUUAGUAAAAUAGGUAAUUUACAGCAAUAAGCAAAGAUUUGAGCCAGGUAUUGAAGAUAUCACGAGAAGUGUUUCUUAAGAUAAUAAAGUACUCUGAUUAUGAUUUUGAGUAAUUUCAUAAAUUGAAAGAUCAAUAUAUGUUUGAAAAAAUAGAUUAAAUUUCGGCUUGUUAUUGUUGUUCAGAGACUCAUUUCAUAUUGGAUUGUUCCAUUUGUUAGUACAAACCAAAUUUGGAGAUCUUAAUAAGAAAAUAGAAAGCUCAAGAGGAGGUAUCAAAAAGACAAAAGUUUAGGAGAUCGAAAGAUAAGAGGGCAUUUUGUUAAUUUCAAACUAUGAAAUCUAAUUCAGAACUAAAAGAAGAUGAGCCUUCAGGAUAAAAUGGUUCGUCUUCAUUUAAAGAUCUUGUGUAACCUGAGAGAAGUCCUUCAAGAAAAAAUAAAACUAGAAUAAUUAAUCUGAAAAAUUUUGGGCAAUUAUUGCAUUUUGAUGACGAUAGAGCAUUUGAUGGUCCAACGUAUCCUUGGAGCAAUCUUGAUAUUCUGAAUGAAUAAUAACCAUAAUAAUAAUAACAAUAAUAAUAAUAACAAUAAUAAUAAUAACAAUAGCAAUAAUAACAAUAAAGUCAAAAUAAAUCCAGCAAUCCUCAACUUUUAGAAUUACCAUCCUUAAAAUAUAAAAAUUAACUGUCGAAUCAUCAAAUUCAGAUUCCGUCACUAAAUUAAAUUGAAUAAUUGGCAUAAGAAUUUAUAAAAAUAACAAUUUAAAAUUUUGAGAAAAUUCAAAAUUAUUAGAUUUAUUUUCCCUAAAAUAAUUUGGAGGUUGUUUUGUUGGGUUCAAAAAAAUUAAAUAAAACAAAGAAAGUUUUAGUAACAGAAACCUUAGCUGAUUUUACAAGGAAAAGAGUAUUGAGUGAAAAUUUUAUGAAUCCGUGA